AUGUCUGAAGUUACAACCAGAACAACAGUCAGAACACCUGCCAACAACCAGAACAACAAUCAGAACACCUGCCAACGACCAGAACAACAAUCAGAACACCUGCCAACGACCAGAACAACAGUCAGAACACCUGCUAACAACCAGAACAACAAUCAGAACACCUGCCAACGACCAGAACAACAAUCAGAACACCUGCCAACAACCAGAACAACAGUCAGAACACCUGCCAACAAUCAGAACACCUGCCAACGACCAGAACAACAAUCAGAACACCUGCUAACAACCAGAACAACAAUCAGAACACCUGCCAACGACCAGAACAACAAUCAGAACACCUGCCAACGACCAGAACAACAGUCAGAACACCUGCCAACAACCAGAACACCUGCCAACGACCAGAACAACAAUCAGAACACCUGCCAACGACCAGAACAACAGUCAGAACACCUGCCAACGACCAGAACAACAAUCAGAACACCUGCCAACAACCAGAACAACAGUCAGAACACCUGCCAACAACCAGAACACCUGCCAACGACCAGAACAACAAUCAGAACACCUGCCAACGACCAGAACAACAGUCAGAACACCUGCUAA